AUGUUCGAAAAUAUGUCUGGUCUUUCUCCUGAAGAUCAACGCCUAGUCUCGACACUUGGGUCCGGCCCAAGGAUCUCUGUCUCAUCGGAGACUAUCCAUGAAGCUUUCGAGCGCAUUGUGGACGAACACCCGGGGGUUGUGGCUGCUGUCCACGAAGGCCAAAGCAUCACCUAUCUGCAGCUGGAUCUUGCAGCCAACCGUCUCGCACAUCAUCUGAUCGGCUCAGGACUUCGCCCAAGACAGAGAGUAUGUCUCGUCGUGCAAAGAUCAAUAGAGAUGCUCAUCGGCUUCCUGGCGAUCCUGAAAGCUGGCUGCCAGUAUGUUCCAAUUGACGGCGGCGUUGCCUCUGACCAGGCCCUGGAACACAUUUUCAAAGAUACUGAGGCGCGCUUCAUCCUGUGCCUUCCAAAGUUCUGGGAUCGAGUUAAGCAGUUUGCGGACCACGAGUCUCUCAUCUUGGAGUUGAACAUGAACACUGGGGCCUUCUAUUCCCCUGCCAGGCCGGGUAUCCGGGUUACCGCAGAAGAUGGUGCCUAUGCUAUGUAUACUUCAGGAAGUACCGGCGUUCCCAAAGGGGUCGAUGUCAAGCAUGGGACUAAAACCAAUGCCCUUCUUUCAGAACCCGGGCGAAUGGGGAUUACUGUUGGCUCGAGGGUUGGGCAGGUCCUGAGCAUAUCCUUCGCAAUGGGAGCAUGGGAGACGUUGGGCUGUUUAAUGAACGGAGGAACGCUUUACCUACGAGGAUCCGACUGGGAUGCUACACUAAAACAGAUCGACACGUUGAUUAGCACACCCUCCAUUCUUUCCAAAUACGAACAACAUAAUUUUCCGAAUAUCAAGACCAUCGGUUUGGCAGGCGAAGCGUGCCCGCAAGCUCUUGCCGACGAAUGGGCUCAAGGUAGAUCCUUCUACAACAUGCUUGGCUCUACAGAGACCUUCCUCCUGUCUGCGCAUAGACAUGUGAGCGGUGGACACCUAUCAAUCGGUCGGCCACUGCCAAAUACACAAUGUUACGUGCUUGAUGACAACGGCGAGCCCGUCCCAUUCGGUCAGAAGGGCACGCUGUGGGUUGGAGGUGCAGGCAUAUCAAGAGGCUACAUCAACCUGCCCUUGACUACUGCAGAGAAAUUCCAGCUCGACAAAUUUGCGAACGAUGGCUCCAUGAUGUACAACUUUGGCAACAUCGUUUGUUGGAGAGCCGAUGGUUCGCUUGAUUCUUUUGGCCGAAUGGACGACCAAGUAAAGAUCAAGGGUUUCCGUGUGGAGCUCGACGGUGUUACUGCUGUGGUCGAGCGAUUUGCAGGGAUCACACGGGGCGCGUCUCUCGUGAUCGACGGAGUUCUCUAUGGAUUCUACGCAUCUUCGGUUCCGGUCAGUGAGCAAGAGCUCGCUGGCUUCUUGCGAAAACAACUGCCGUAUUAUUCCGUGCCAGAGCGAUGGAUCUGCGUGGACGAAGUCCCGCUGAACCCCAACGGCAAAGUCGACAAAACCCAACUCAAGGCACUGGCUGCAGAAACAGGUCUCUCCAAGCCGGAGGCAGGAAUCACUAGAAAGGGGCAUGCACGAAUGGACUCGGGUGUCGAUUUCCUGGAAGAGCCGAAAAAGGUCGAAGCUCCUCUUGCGGCGAUUAUGCAUGACGACCCCCGAGCUGGUUCAGAUGACGUUGAUCUCGAGAAAGGGUUCCGCGCUAAAAGUCUCGAACACAGCUCGAUAUCUGAAAGUACCGAGCCGUGCGAUACACUGGCUACGCUACCAGAACCUAGAUUAUCGCCUGCGGAAGCCUGGAUACGGCACCGUGGUCUCAUUGCGUAUCGCUGGCUCCUCCUUCCUGUUGUCAUGGUCAACGUUGGAGUAGCGUGUUGGCUUCUCUAUGACAACAUCAAGAACCAGACAUAUCCACUCUCUUCGGUCGCAAAUGCCACUGCAGCUAACCUCUGCGCUGCAAUCCUGAUCCGUUCGGAACCGGUGAUUAAUCUGCUGUUCAAGAUCUUUUCAUCGGUUCCGACUUGGGUACCUCUGCGGAUACGGUGCAUAUGCGCAAAUGUCUUUCAUAUCGGCGGUCUGCACGUCGGCUGUGCGAUUGCCGCUGUCAUAUGGUUCAUCAUCUUUAUUGUGGGUGCGAGUCUCGAACUGGCAAAAGGUGUCGAUGAAAGAGCCAUCUCGUUGGCGCUGGCGAUACUGUCUUACUUUAUCAUGGCCUUGUUGCUCGCAAUGACUUCGAUGUCGCACCCAUAUGUCCGAAAUCGGUACCACGACUUAUGGGAGAGCAUGCAUCGAUUUGGUGGAUGGGCCGUGCUGAUUCUUUACUGGGUCCUUGUUGGGCUAUCGUCCGCAGAUCUGGGCCGUGAAUCGGGACUAUCCGCUUCGGAAGCCUACCUCAGAAACCCGUCGCUAUGGCUCAUUGCAAUCGCCACUUGUGCGAUCAUCUUUCCCUGGCUGUUCCUCCGACGGGUUGCUGUCAGGUCUGAAGUUCUCUCUUCUCAUGCCGUCCGGCUACACUUUGCCGCGAAUCUUGGUCCCGGCAAAGGCGUCCGCCUUGCACAACAUCCGCUCGGCGACUUCCACGGUUUUGCCACAAUCACAAACGGGCCGCGUGAAAAUGGAUACUCGGUGAUUGUAAGCCGGGCUGGGGAUUUUACAGGUCAUGUGAUUGACACUGCGCCAACGCAUAUUUGGAGACGCGGGAUCCCCACCUCCGGAGUCCUGCGCAUCGCAACAUUAUUCAAGAGCGUGGUUGUCGUGGCUACAGGAUCGGGCAUUGGCCCCUGCCUUUCCAUCUUUCCCUACCAGCACAUUGCCAUGCGCAUCCUUUGGACGGCGCCCAAUCACGAGGCAACGUUUGGCAAGUCCAUUGUUGAUGCCGUGGUGAAGAGAGACCCAAAAGCCGUCAUCUACAACACGCGUAUGUCUGGGAAACCAGACAUGAGUCUUUUGACGUAUAGAUUAUACAAGGAGAGCGGCGCUGAAGCGGUGCUCGUGAUUAGCAACAAGCGCUUUACUAGGCAGAUUGUUUUCGACAUGGAGAAAAGAGGGAUUCCAGCGUACGGGGCGAUUUUCGACUCUUAG